CGGCCACCACUAGUGUCUGGCAUUACUUGGCAAUUUUGUAUGCCGAGUUUAGAAAAAAUAUUAAUAUUAAAACAAACAGUAACUAUACGCAAAUUGCAAGUGCUUUCAAAAUGACAACCGCGGCUGUUGAUACUGUCUCACAAGACAUCGACAUGGAGGUGGAUGCCACAGCUGAAACAUUGGCAGAUGAAAAGAAGAAUCAAGAUCUUGCUGCUGUGCAAGAACUUCGCGAACAAAUACGCCAAAUCGAAAAGUCGGUGGCCUCUAAGGAAUCACGUUUCAUCCUGCGCGUGCUGCGCAAUUUGCCCAAUACACGACGGAAAUUAAACGGCGUCGUGUUUCGGAACCUGGCCCAGAGCAUUUAUCCCAUUGGCGCUGACCGUGAGGGAGCCUUGGCACUUACGCCAGCACUCGAAAAAGAUGCAGCAGAGUUGCCCGAUGUGCCCAAAAAGCUGGUGGCAACAAAGGCACCUAUUGCUGAGGUGGAUGCGUACUACUACCUACUGUUGUUGGUAAAAUUGAUAGAUGCUGGAGAUUUGAAGCGUGCUGGGAUUUGUUCGGAUGCGUUAAUGUCUAAAAUAUCGAUACAAAAUCGGCGCACAUUAGAUUUGAUUGGCGCUAAGUCAUAUUUCUACUAUUCACGCGUGGCGGAACUGAACAAUGGAUUGGAGGGAAUUCGAUCGUUUUUGCAUGCCCGUCUUCGUACUGCGACGCUGCGCAACGACUUCGAAGGACAGGCUGUUCUGCUUAAUUGCCUGCUGCGUAACUACUUGCAUUACGCGUUGUACGACCAAGCGGACAAACUAGUCAAGAAGUCGGUGUAUCCCGAAUCGGCCAGCAAUAAUGAGUGGGCACGUUUCCUCUACUAUUUGGGUCGUAUCAAGGCCGCCAAGCUUGAGUAUAGUGAUGCCCACAAGCAUCUGGUGCAGGCGCUUCGUAAAUCACCACAACAUGCCGCAAUUGGAUUCCGCCAGACCGUGCAGAAACUGAUCAUUGUUGUGGAACUGUUGCUGGGCAACAUACCCGAGCGCGUGGUGUUUCGGCAGGCAGGUUUGCGCCAAUCUUUGGGACCGUACUUCUCGCUCACGCAGGCUGUGCGGCUGGGUAAUCUGAAGCGCUUCGGGGAUGUGGUCUCACAGUUUGGUCCUAAAUUUCAGUCGGAUCAUACAUUCACGUUAAUCAUACGGCUGCGCCAUAAUGUUAUAAAGACGGCCAUUCGCUCGAUUGGACUCUCCUAUUCUCGCAUCUCGCCGAAAGAUAUAGCCAAGCGUUUGAUGCUUGACUCUGCAGAGGAUGCCGAGUUUAUUGUAUCCAAGGCUAUACGUGAUGGUGUUAUUGAAGCCACCUUAGAUCCGGCACAGAAUUAUAUGCGCAGCAAGGAGAGUACCGACAUAUAUAGCACACGCGAGCCUCAGUUGGCUUUCCAUGAACGUAUUUCGUUUUGCUUGAAUCUACACAAUCAGAGCGUUAAGGCUAUGCGUUAUCCGCCCAAAUCUUAUGGUAAAGACUUGGAGAGUGCCGAGGAGCGACGUGAGCGGGAGCAACAGGAUUUGGAGUUGGCAAAAGAGAUGGCCGAAGAUGAUGAAGAUGGUUUCUAAACGCUAAUUGUGCACUUAUUUCCAUAAAUACUUACAUUAAUUUUUCAUAGAUGUGUGAACGAUUAUCAUAAUAAAAUUAAUUUCCGAAAUUUGUAAUCCAAGAUUUCGAAUUUG